UCAAAUCUAUUGAAAAUGUUAACAUUCGCCUUUAUAAAAAUUUAUAUGCGCCUUCAACAAAAUCAUAGUAUAGUGAAUAAAUACCGGUCGUUUUCAUUAAGUCAUUUUGCUUCUUUCGACGAACGAAAAAGGAAAGAAAUUGAAAUAAAACAAAAAGAAUUAAUGGCGCGUGGUCUUCCGAAAUCGAAACCUUUGAAAGGUGUUAAACAAAUCAUCGUCGUUGCAUCCGGGAAAGGUGGAGUUGGCAAAUCUACGAUAGCUGUAAAUUUAUCGACUGCUUUAAAAACUCUCGAAUCACAGAAAUCUGUCGGUUUACUCGAUGCUGAUGUAUUUGGGCCAUCCAUACCAUUGAUGAUGAACAUACAACAGUCUCCCGCAAUUAAUGACGCAAAUUUCAUAGAACCCCUUAUAAAUUAUGGUGUAAAAUGUAUGUCAAUGGGUUUUCUAAUCGAUGAUAAAUCUCCUGUAAUUUGGAGAGGAUUGAUGGUAAUGAAUGCUAUUGAUAAAUUAUUACAUCAAGUUGCAUGGGAACCGUUGGAUUAUCUUAUCAUAGAUACUCCACCUGGAACAGGGGACACACAUCUUUCGAUCAUACAAAAUCUCCCAAUUGCUGGUGCAUUAUUGAUAACUACACCUCAAAAGGCAGCCUUAGAAGUAACAAGAAGGGGAGCCAACAUGUUCAAGCGAUUAAACAUUCCAAUUAUUGGAAUUGUAGAAAACAUGAGCAAUGUCAUAUGCCCAAAAUGUAACAAUAAAAUAAGUCUUUACAAUGGUGGAACACAAAUGAUUGCUAAAGAACUUGGUAUACAAAUUUUACAAACUAUUCCCUUGUCAGAGAAUAUUGCGAACAGUUGUGAUACUGGUAAACCAAUUGUAUUAUCUGCACCAAAGAGUAUUCAGGCUGAUGCAUAUAAAUAUUUGGCCAAACAUGUAAUCUUAUAUUUAGCUAAACAACUAUUUUAGCUAAACAAAAAAAUGAAUAAUAAAAGACUUAUCAGCAUUCAUUCUGAUACAAAUACUGAGAUUUAUGACAUUCCAAUAAACGUAUUAAUUCGGCCUAUUGCUUCGACUAUCGACGAAAAUAAGGUUCAAAGUUUAAUAGAUACACUAAAUAAUCCUGAAACAGAAUUAUUGGUACCACCUAUUGAUGUUUUAUGGAUUAAAGGAAGUGAAGGUGGUAAUUAUUAUUACUCCUUUGGUGGAUGUCAUCGAUAUACAGCUCAUAAAAGACUUGGAAAAUUUUUUAUAAAAGCCAAAUUAAUACGAUCUACGAUAACAGACUUAAAAUCUUAUUUAGGUGGUUCUACACCAAACUUAAAAUAA